AUGAAUCCAAUUAAUGAUCGUAAAUCAGAUUAUUGGAAGUAUUUAAAGGUACGUCAAGGAGAAGAUAACCUUUUCAAGUUGGCCGCUUCUGACAAGCGUUAUGUUUGGUACAACCCAGACCCAAAGGAAAAGGACACCUAUGACUGUGCUGAAAUUGUCAAGGAAACUGCCGACUCUUAUGUCUACAAGACCACCAACGGUGAAGAACACACUGUCAAAAAGGAUGAUGCCAACCAACGUAAUCCAGUAAAGUUUGAUGGUGUUGAAGAUAUGUCUGAACUCUCUUACCUCAAUGAACCUGCCGUUUUCCAUAACAUGCGUGUUCGUUAUGCUCAAGAUUUAAUCUAUACAUAUUCUGGAUUAUUUUUAGUAGUAGUAAAUCCAUUCAAGAGAAUUCCAAUUUAUACUCAAGAGAUGGUUGAUAUUUUCAAGGGACGUAGAAAGAAUGAGGUAGCCCCACACAUUUUUGCCAUUUCUGACGGAGCUUAUCGUAGUAUGUUGGAAGAUCGUCGUAAUCAAUCUCUUUUGAUUACUGGUGAAUCUGGUGCCGGAAAGACUGAAAACACCAAAAAGGUUAUCCAAUAUUUGGCUGCCGUUGCUGGUCGUACUGCCGGAGGUCUUUUGGAACAACAAAUUCUCCAAGCCAAUCCAAUUCUCGAAGCCUUUGGUAACGCCAAGACCAACCGUAACAACAACUCUUCCCGUUUUGGAAAGUUUAUCGAGAUUCAAUUCACCUCUGCCGGUUUUAUCAGUGGUGCUUCUAUUCAAUCUUAUUUGCUUGAAAAGUCUAGAGUUGUCUACCAAGCUGAAAAUGAACGUAACUACCACAUUUUCUACCAAUUAUUGGCUGGUGCUUCAUCUGAAGAAAAGAAGCAACUCUUCCUCUCGGGUCCAGAGUCAUUCACCUAUUUGAACAAGUCUGGAUGUAUCGACAUUAAGGGUACCUCUGAUGUUGAAGAGUACAAGCUCACUCGUAAUGCCAUGACCAUCAUGGGAUUCUCUGGUGAUGAACAAAUCUCUAUCCUCAAGGUCGUCUCUGCCGUCCUCCAUCUUGGUAACCUUAGAUUUGACAAGGGAACCGGUGAAGGAGCCAUCCUCAAGGACAAGAAUGCUCUCAACGUUGUUGCCACUCUUCUCCAAGUCAACCCAUCGGUCCUCGAAAAGGCUCUCAUUGAACCACGUAUCUUGGCCGGUCGUGACCUCGUCGCCACUCAUCUCACCCCAGAAAAGGCCAGUUCCUCCCGUGACGCUCUUGUCAAGGCCCUCUAUGGUCGUUUGUUCCUCUGGUUGGUCAAAAAGAUCAACCAAGUGUUGUGUCAAGAACGCAAGGCCUACUUUAUCGGUGUGCUCGAUAUCUCUGGUUUUGAAAUCUUCAAGGUCAACAGUUUCGAACAAUUGUGUAUCAAUUACACCAACGAAAAGCUCCAACAAUUCUUUAAUCAUCACAUGUUUACCCUCGAACAAAUCGAGUAUGAAAAUGAAAAGAUCAACUGGACUUUUAUUGACUUUGGUUUGGACAGUCAAGCUACCAUUGACUUGAUCGAUGGUCGUCAACCACCAGGUGUCCUCGCUCUCCUCGAUGAACAAUCUGUGUUCCCAAAUGCCACCGAUGCCACCCUCAUUGGCAAGUUCCACACUCACUUUUCAAAGAAGCAUCCCAAGUAUGAAGAGCCACGUUUCAGUAAGACCGAGUUUGGAAUUACUCAUUAUGCCGGUCAAGUCAUGUAUGAAAUCAAUGAAUGGUUGGAAAAGAACAAGGAUCCACUCCAACAAGAUCUCGAACUCUGUUUCAAGGAAUCUCAAGAUCAAUUGGUUGUCAAGUUGUUCAACGACCCACAAAUUGCCUCUCGUGCUAAAAAGGGUGCCAAUUUUGUCACUGUUGCCUCUCAAUACAAGGAACAAUUAGCUAGUUUGAUGGCCACCCUCCAAACUACCAACCCACACUUUGUUCGUUGUAUCAUUCCAAACAACAAACAACUCCCAGCCAAACUUGAAGAUAAGGUCGUCCUCGAACAACUUCGUUGUAAUGGUGUCCUCGAAGGUAUUCGUAUUACUCGUAAAGGUUUCCCUAAUCGUGUAAUCUAUGCCGAUUUCGUCAAACGUUAUUAUCUCUUGGCACCAAAUGUUCCACGUGAUGCUGAAGAUAGUCAACGUGCUACUGAAGCUGUUCUCAAGCACCUAAACAUUGAAGCUGAACAAUUCAGAUUUGGUUUGACCAAGAUUUUCUUCCGUGCUGGUCAAUUGGCUCGUAUUGAAGAAGCACGUGAACAACGUAUUUCCGAAAUCAUCAAGUCUAUUCAAGCUGCCUGUCGUGCUUGGAUUGCCCGUAAGGCAUACAAGCAAGCUCGUGAACACACUGUUGCCGCUCGUAUCAUCCAACAAAAUCUCCGUGCUUGGUUGGAAUUCAAGAACUGGCCAUGGUGGAAGUUAUUCUCAAAGGCAAGACCACUCCUCAAGCGUCGCAACUUUGAAAAGGAAAUCAAGGAAAAGGAACAUGAAAUCACUGAACUCAAAAACAACCUUAAUGAAACUAAUCUCGCCAAACAAAAGGCUGAAAAGACAUUAAAGGAAACUGAAUCAAAUGUUCAUGAUCUUCAACGUCAAUUAAAGAAUGAAAAGGAAAAUCUCAAGGCCUUAUAUGAUUCAAAGGAUAGUUUAGAAUCUGAAAAACGUGAACUUCAAAUUAAAGUUGAUGAUUUGGAAAUGGAAUUAGAAGAAAAGAAAUUAUCAAUUGAAAAUUUACAAUUACAAAAGAAGGCAGCUGAAGAUAAAUCAAGAGAUUUGGAAGAAGAUUUGGCUGAAGAACAAAAGUUACGUGUUGGAUUGGAAAAGUUAAAGAAAAAGUAUGAAGAGGAAUUGGAGGAAAUGAAAAAGGUUAAUGAUGGUCAACAAGAUAGUAUCAAUCGUCUUGAAAAGAUCAAGAAUGAACUCCAAAAGGAAGUUGAAGAAUUGACUGAUAGUUUUGCAACUGAAUCCAACAACAAGGGUGCUCUUGAAAAGACUCGUCUUCGUCUUCAAGGUGAAAUUGAAGAUCUUGCCAGUAAAUUGGAUGGUGAGAGCAAGGACAAGGCUGAACUCUUACGUCAAAAGAAGAAAUUGGAAGAAGAAUUAAAACUUGUUCAAGAUCAAUUGGAAGCUGAAACCAAUGCCAAGCUAGCUCAAGAAACUGCCAACAAGAAAUUACAAGGUGAAUUUAACGAUCUCAAUGAAAAGUUUACCUCUGAAGUUGCCAAUCGUUCAAAUGUUGAAAAAGCCAAGAAAGCUGUUGAAGGUCAAUUAUCAGCCGUCAACAAUGAACUUGAAGAAGAAAAGAAACAACGUGAUACUUUGGACAAAAAGAAAAAGGCUCUUGAAGAAAUGUUGGAAGAAAUGAAGGAUCAAUUGGAUAAUGCCGGUGGUGAAAAGAAAUCUCUCUAUGACCUCAAGGUUAAACAAGAGACUGACCUCGAAGCUCUUCGUUCCCAAAUCUCUGAACUCCAAUCAACCAUUAGUAAGUUGGAAAAGAUUAAACUUACACUUGAAGGAGAAGUAUCAAGAUUACAAGGUGAACUUGAAGCUGAACUUCAAAAUCGUGCCAAUGUUGAAAAGGCCAAGAAGAAAUUGGAAAAUGAACUUGAAGAUGUUAAACAACAACUCGGUCAAGAAAGUAAUUCAAAGCAAAACUUGGACAAGACUCGUAAACAACUUGAACAACAAUUAUCUGAAGUUAAACAACAAUUGGAUGAAUCAAAUUCUGCCAAACUCAAUUCAGAUUCAAAUGGUAAACAACUUGAAUCAAAUUUCAAUAAUCUCAAAUUGGAAUUGGAACAAGAAACUAAAGCCAAGCAAGCAUUGGACAAGAAACGUUUAGCUCUUGAAAAUGAAAUCAAACAUGUUAACGAACAACUUGAAGAAGAAAAGAAACAACGUGAAUUGAAUGAAAAGAAGAAAUCAGACUUGGAAAAGGAAAUCGCCAGUCUAAAGGAACAAGUUGAAGAAGAAAUCAAUGCAAAGAAAUCUGUCAAUGAAUCCAAAUCAAAGCGUGAAGCCGAGAUGGACGAGCUAAAACGUCAAUUUGCUGAUAUUGUUUCAUCACGUGACAAGGCAACCGAACAAAACAAAUCACUCCAAGCAAAGAAUGAUGAACUUCGUACUCUUGCCGAUGAAGCUGAAGGAAACCUCGACCGUGCUGAACGUGCCAAGAAGAAAGCCGAAUAUGAAUUGGAAGAAGCUACCAAGACCCUCGAAGAAGAAGUCGAAAAGAGAGUAAAGGCCGAAAAGAAUCUUAAAAAGGUUGAAGCCGACUAUCGUUCAGUCCGUGCUGAAGCCGAUGACCAAAAGAACAUCUCUUCCGAACAAUACGUCCAACUCAAACGUCUCAAUGAAGAACUCUCUGAACUCCGUUCAAUCGUUGAAGAAGCUGAUGACAAGUCUAAUAAUGCCGCCAAGGCUAAAAAGGCUGCUGAAGCUGCUCUUGACGCAUUGAAAGAUGAAAUCGACUCUGCCAAUGCUGCCAAGCUCAAGGCCGAAAAGAAAGCCAAGGAAUCUGAAAUUCGUGUAUCUGAAUUGGAAGAUAUGCUCGAAGACAAGUCUGGUACCGUCAAUGUUGAACAAAUCAGAAAGAAGGAACAAGAAAUAGAAGAUUUACGCGCCCGUCUUGAUCGUGAAACCGACAGUCGUGUAAAGGCUGAAGAAGACAAGAAAAAUACUCGCAAGGUAUUCUCUGAACUCGAAGCCAAGGUAGAAGAAGCCGAAAGAAACUCUGCCAACAUUGACCGUCAAAAGAAGAAACUCGAAUCUGAUCUCGUCGACCUCAAGACCUCACUCGAUGCCGAGAGCAAGGCCCGUAGCAAGGCUGAAAAGGCCAAGAAGAAGCUCGAACAAACCCUUGCUGAAAAGCGUGCUCAAGAAGAGGGUAGUUCUGCCGCCGCCGAGUCUGAACUCCGCAAGACUGUCUGGGCUGAAGUUGACGAACUCCGUUCUCAACUCGACACUGAACGCUCUGCUUUGAACGCAUCCGACAAGAAGAUCAAGUCACUCCAAGCUGAAAUUGACGAAGUCCGUGAACAACUUGAAGAUGAAGUCCUCGCCAAGGACAAGCAUGUCAAGGCCAAGAGAGCUCUCGAAGUUGAACUCGAAGAAGUCAAGGCCUCCCUCGAAGAAGAAGAAGAAGCUCGUGGUGAACUCGAAGAUAUCAAGAGAAAGAAGGAAUUGGAAUUGGAAGAGGUUCGUAAGAAAUUGGAUUCCGAAGUUGAAAACAACGUUCAACUCGAAGACUUUAAGAAAAAGAACCAAGAAAUCAACGACCAACUCAAAAAGGACUUUGAAUCUGAAAAGAAGGCUCGUAACGAAUCUGAACGUGCCAAGAAGAGAAUUGAAUCUGAAAAUGAAGACCUCUCUGCUCGUUUGGAUGCUGAAACCAAGAACCGUAUUCGUGCCGAAAAGGAUCUCAAGAAGCAAGUCAAGGAUCUCAAGGACACCAAGGGUCAAUUGAUUGACGAAUCUGCCACCAAGACUCGUACUGCCGUCGGAGCUGCCAAACUCGAAGACCAAAUCGACGAGCUCCGUGCCAAGGUUGACGCCGCCGAAGCCGACCGUCUCUCGUACGAGAAGUCCAAAAAGGCCCUCGAAGGACAAAUCGAAGACCUCCGUGCCACCAUUGACGACGAAGGCAAGUACAAGAUGCGUUUGGAAAAGGAAAAGCGCGCCCUCGAAGGUGAACUCGAAGACCUCCGUGAACAAAUCGAAGACGCCGACGAAUCCCGCUCUGAAGCCGAGAAUGCCCGUCGUCUCCAAGAACUCGACCUCGAGGAAGCUCAACGUAACCUCCAAAAGGAAAUCGACGCCAAGGAAUCUGCCGAAGACCUCAAGAACAACCUCCAACGUGAAGUCAUCGAAGUCAAGGGUCGUCUCGAAGAGGAAGUCAUUGCCCGUACCAACGCUGACCGUUCUCGUAAACGUCUCGAAUCUGAAAUCGACGCUCUCACUGCUCAAGUCGACUCUGAACAAAAGUCCAAGAACAAGGCAUUAAAGGACGUCAAAAAGGUUGAAACCGAAUUGAAGGAGUUGAAAAAGAAAUACGGAGAAGUUGAAAAGACCAUCUCUCGUGAUACCCUCACCACUGAGAAACUCGAAACCGACCUCCGUAAGGCCAAGAAGGAGCAAUCCGACGAACAACAAGGACGUCUCACCCUUGAAACCGAGAAUCGUAAACUCCUCUCUGAAAUUACCCUCCUCAAGGAUUCCAUCGACAAGGCUCAACGUGACCACGAAAAGACCAAGCGUGAAUUGGAAACUGCCAAUAGCGCCAAGGAAGACAUUCAACGCAAGAUGAGUGAAUUCUUCAGUGGUCUCAAGGCUUAA